AUGGGGAACGCAUCUGAGGCUCUGGGAGAACCCAUCGCAUUUGCCCCUCCUGUUGGCACAGCCGCUGUUGUACUCGCACGUCGUGUCCAUGUGCAACCGGCCAGCGGCGCCCUCACCCUUGGAAGCUCGUGCUUGUAUCUUAGCCAGAAAGGAUUCCUGGAAGCUGACCCGUAUCUUGAUAGAGUCAAGAGACUGAUCAUGUGUCAACGCGGUGAGCCGAUUGCCAUCAUAGGCAGUGCGUGCCACUUCGCUGGGGGCUCCAAUUCGCCGUCAAAGCUAUGGGAGCUUCUCACCAACCCUAGUGAUGUUCGUACCGAAGUUCCGGACUCGAGGUUCAGUGUCAGAGGCUUCUAUCACCAUGAUCCUGCACAGAAUGGGCACACCAACGUCAGACAUUCGUACCUCCUCGAGGAUGACUUGAGUGCAUUCGACGCGGAAUUCUUCGGCAUUAAGCCAGUUGAAGCAAAGGCUGUCGACCCACAGCAGAGAUGGUUGCUGGAGACGGUCUACGAGGUGAGCAUCUUCCACGGGAUCGAAGCAGCUGGCUUGACCAUAGAGUCUCUCAGGGGCAGUGACACGGGUGUAUAUGUUGGUGUCAUGUGCGGCGACUACGGGUCCAUUCUUCUGAGGGAUUUGGAAGCGACACCGACAUACUCAGCAACAGGGACUGCGAACAGUAUCAUGUCUAACCGCAUAUCGCACUUUUUCGAUUGGAGAGGUCCGUCGAUAACUCUCGAUACCGCUUGUUCCUCAAGCCUCGUUGCGGUGCAUCUGGCUAUCCAAGCGCUGCGCACAGGGGAGAGCCGGAUUGCCGUAGCAUGCGGAUCCAACCUCAUCCUAGGGCCCGAGAGCUACAUCAUCGAGAGUAAGCUUAAGAUGCUAUCUCCCGAUGGUGUCUGUAGGAUGUGGGACCAAGAUGCCAACGGUUAUGCGCGUGGAGAUGGCGUCGCAGCAAUCAUUCUCAAAACGCUGAAGGAAGCGCUGGCCGACGGGGACCACAUUGAAUGCGUCAUCCGUGAGACCGGAAUCAACCAAGAUGGCAAUACUCCAGGUAUCACAAUACCGAGUGCGUCAUCCCAAGCGGCCCUAAUCCGUCAAACGUAUGCCAAAGCUGGCCUAAGCCCAUUCCUGAAGCAAGGAGAUGGCCCUCAAUACUUUGAAGCCCAUGGGACUGGCACACUGGCGGGUGAUCCUAUUGAAGCCGAGGCCAUCCGUGCCGCCUUCUUUGGAGGCAAGGAAGAGGUCCAUGGACCUCGCCAGCACACCGCGGAUGCCGAAAACAGACAUUUGCUGUAUGUCGGCUCGGUGAAAACAGUCCUGGGCCACACCGAGGGAACAGCUGGCCUAGCAGGAAUCCUCAAAGCGUCGCUCGCUCUUCAGCAUGCUCUCAUCCCCCCCAAUCUGCAUUUUCGCCAUCUAAGCGGUCGGGUGGCUCCAUUCUACUCGAACCUUGAGCUUGUCCAAGGAGAGACGAAACCGUGGCCAGCCAUUGCCGGAUCAGGGGAACACCAUCGACGGGCGAGCGUCAACAGUUUUGGCUUUGGAGGGACCAAUGCCCAUGCCAUCCUCGAGCACUUCAACAACAGUGUUACUUCUUCGCCAACACAUUUGGAUCGCUUAUUCACGCCAAUUGUCUUCUCAGAAAGCUCAGAGCAUUCGCUACGAGCCAGCCUCACGGAGUACGCGGAGUUCUUGAACCGCAACCCGACAAUCGAGAUGCAUGACCUGGCCUGGACACUACGACAACGACGGUCUCUUCUAGCACACCGUGUAUACUAUCCAGCGCAAUCCAUCCCAGAACUCAGACAACAAAUCAUUGCCACGCUCCAUAAAGGAGAGGAGUCUCUCGUGGGCUAUCGGUUCAGUCGGGAUAGUAACAAGGGCAAGCUAUUGGGCAUUUUUACCGGCCAAGGUGCUCAGUUCGCUCGUGUCGGUGCUGAACUCGUUGAGCACUCUCCCCGGGCCCAAAAUAUUAUUCGAUCGCUAGAGGAGCAUCUUGCGGCGCUUGAUCCUAGCGACCGCCCGACCUGGUCGCUACAGGCCGAGAUGCUGGCGUCGGGCGAUUCGUCAAGGAUCCACCAGGCGGCAAUUGCCCAGCCAGUAUGUACCGCGGUGCAAAUCCUUUUAGUUGACCUCUUGGCCCUAGCAGGCGUACACUUUGACAUUGUCAUAGGGCACUCAUCUGGGGAAAUCUGCGCGGCCUAUGCAGCAGGGGCACUUUCGGCACGUGAUGCUUUAUAUAUAGCAUACUUUCGUGGGCUGUACACCGCAAGGGCAGCGAGUCCGAAUGGUGAGAACAUCCGUGGUGCAAUGGUCGCCGUGCAGACAUCAAUGGAAGAUGCGAUGGAGCUCUGUCAAGAUGAGGUGUAUCGCGGACGAAUAGAAGUCGCAGCGAUUAACUCUUCGUCGAGUGUCACUAUCUCCGGCGAUGUCGAUGCAAUUGCGGAGCUUGAGGAGCUUCUCCGGGACGAGAACACAGGCUUCCGCCGACUGCGAGUUGAUACGGCAUACCAUUCACGCUACAUGGAUCGUUGCUGUGCCCCGUACAUCGAGUCACUCCGAAGGUAUGGUGUACAGACGGAAAAGCAUCGGCCGCAUACGAACUGCAAGUGGUACUCGACAGUCUACAACCGUCUCAUCGACAUACCGGUAGACGGGGAUAGUGGUCUAAGUGUCACAUACUGGGCUGACAACAUGAAGCAACCUGUCUUGCUUUCUCACGCGCUCCGGACGAGCCUAACAGUGGGCGACGGGGCUAUCCCCAGCGUCAUACUCGAGGUUGGCCCUCACCCAGCACUCCAGGGUCCUAUAUCUCAAACUAUCCUGGAAUCACUGGAGACAACAAUCCCUUACCAUGGAACUCUGAGACGUGGUAUAGGUUCUGUAGAAGCGCUCUCCAGCAGCCUCGGAUUUCUAUGGCAGCGUUUCUACAAACAUCACUCUCGGGCGUUUAAUCUGGACCGGUUUGAACAAGCCAUGACGAUUACGAACGACGAAGACAGACAAUACCAUUGUUUCAGACUAUUAAAAGGCCUCCCAUCCUAUCAAUGGAAUCAUUCGACACGCUAUUGGGCCGAAUCUCGGGCCUCGCGCCGGCUGCGUGUCCGUCCGGACUCCUUCCACCCACUACUGGGGCAUUUCACCCCCGACAGCAGUCCUCAUCAUUUGCGCUGGCGUAAUCUCUUACGCGCAACCCAAAGCUACAGUGAUGAUAGCCACGACGAAUCAUCGUGGAUGACUGAGCAUUGUAUUGAUGGCCAAACCCUUGUCCCAGCUGCUGGGUACGUCUCCACGGCCACUCCCCGAUGCGGCCGCGACCGCGGCCUCUGUGACUGUAUUCAUGACCUGGUCAUCCACCAGGCUGUGGUUCUAAAUUCUGACAACAAUGAUGGCGUGGAGGUACUCAUCGAGCUAGCCGACAUCGCAGUCACCAACGCGGGCACUCGGGUACGCUCUCAUUUCACGUUUUCGGCAGCGCUGGGGCGCAGUGAUGACACACUGACGCUGGUAGCCAGCGCAGAGCUUGAGGUGCUCCUGGGUAUAGGGGCGCCAGACCAGACGCUGCUGCCGGCUCGGCCAGCUGCAAUCCCUCACAUGACUGAAGUCAACCCAGAACUCUUCUAUAUGUCGCUGGUCAGCUUGGGCUACAACUACCAGGGCCGAUACCGGUCAAUGAAGUCCCUCAGUCGGAAACAUGGAAGAGCAACUGGAUCAGUCACCGUCAGGGAGUCCGACGACGAGACUUCGUUGCUGACUAACCCAGCCGGUCUGGAUGCCGCAUUUCAGUCCUUACUUCUCGCCUACAGCUUUCCAAACGACACUCAAAUGCGUUCUUUGCAUCUGCCUCUGCGCCUCGGCCACAUCCGAGUGAAUCCUGUUCAGUGUGGGAACGCCUUCAGGCGUUUGAAACUUCCUGAUGAUGCGCAGGAUGUUCCAAGGCAUGUCCCACGGGAUCAUAGCAUGGACGUCGAAGCGACGGUCACACGCUCCCACCAGAGCCUGUCGACGUCGUCAGGCCGGGGAGGGUUUGUGGGCGACAUUACCAUCUUCAGCAGCCCUUCAGCCCACGCAGCGAUCCAGAUACAGGACAUCCAAAUCGUGCCUCUCGGUGCCGAUGACCAACACAGCGACCGCAGCGUUUUUACGAAGAUGCAGCUGGUGGACAUGGCGUAUGACGGUACCGCCGCCGCUGCUGCCGACGCUGGCAGCAUCGAGAGUUCCAGCGCUAUAGCUACGCGUGAUGCCCUUAAGCGUUUAGCUGUCUACUAUUUGCGCGAGUAUGAAUCAUACGUUCUCGUAGACUCACCGCUUCGCUCCAGUACCAAUAAUGACCCAAUGUCAUACUUUCUGCAGUAUGCGCAACAUCUAAUCUCGUCGCUUGGACCGGAAUGGCGGUCGGAGGACAGUCUUUCAGACAUCAAGCAAGCAACGAAUGUGAUCCCCAUGCUUCCCGAUGUUAGGGUCAUGACUCUGGUUGGGGAAAGCAUACCUCGUAUUGUUCGGGGGGAAACUACCAUGCUCGAACAGUUUCGCGAAUCCGGGGUCCUCGAUAGGUUCUACGAAGAGGGUUUUGCGACGGCUCCGUCGGCGCGCUGGCAAACGAGGAUAGUGAAGCAGCUUGCAGACCGGAAUCCACACCUGGACAUUAUUGAAGUCGGUGCUGGUACCGGAGGCACAACAAAACCGAUAUUGCGGAGCAUCGGGAGCAGCUUUCGGAGCUACACAUUCACCGACGUGUCGGCUGGCUUCUUUGGCACCGCAUCAGCUGCUCUGUCAUCUUUCAAAGACCGAAUCGUUUUCAAGACACUUGACCUUGAGACGGACCCGUGCUCCCAGGGGAUCCCCGCCGGAGCAUACGACGUUGUCGUAGCAUCUUUCGUCUUGCAUGCCACAGGCUCACUGAAAAGUACACUUGCACAUGUGCGCACGCUUCUCAAGCCUGGUGGGUUCCUCAUCGUUGGAGAAGGCAGCAUGGAUAGCCCUUUGUUGAGCUUUAUCUUUGGUCCGCUAUCAGGAUGGUGGCUAGGUCGCGGCGACGAAGGGCGUACGCUUUCGCCAGCCGUAUCGGCCGCGCAAUGGCACCAAUUGUUACUCGAGGCGGGCUUCUCGGGCAUCGACACGAGAUCCCCAGUAUCAUGGGAAGAUACCCUUGGGGUUUGCCUCUUUGCGUCGCAGGCUGUAAAUGACCAGAUUCGCAUGUUCCGCGCGCCACUGACGUUGGACAUUCCGCGAGCCCAUCACACCAAGGAUGUGGUCCUAAUAGGUGGUCGCACAGAUCUCACCAAGCCUCCUGUUAAAGAGCUGCAGAGCACCUUUCAACAACUGGGCAUCCACGUAUACACGUACCAAUCCCUAGGCGAAGUGGACUACGAUGGGAACCUAUUCAAUCAAGCGCAUCCGCCGCCUGUCCUGAAUAUUUCCGAUCUUGACAAGCCUGUCCUGGAAGACAUCGACGAGGAAAGUUUCUUAUCCUUCCGACGGAUGCUUCAGACCGGCAAGACCAUUCUUUGGGUGACCAGCGGCCGUUUGGCACGGAGCCCUUACAGUAAUCUAGUAGUAGGGUUUGGCCGAGCCGCUGUCCAGGAGACUGCGUCUUUGUUCAUACAGAACUUAGACCUCGAGAGUCCCUUCGACCGGACGACACCGCUGGUCAUUGCCGAGACGUUCAUGCGCUUUGUGCUAUGUUCAACGUCAGCCCAAGAGACAUCAGAGGAGAAGAUGCUGUGGACAGUUGAGCCCGAGAUUGUCAUCAGCGCAGAUGGACACCAUCGAGUGCCUCGGCUGCUGCCCCUCAGCGAUGUGAACGCUCGAUACGACUCGGGGCGACGGUCCAUUUUCCAGAAUGUCAACCCGGCAAAUCUCCUCCCGACAGACUACGACUCGACCAGAGGCUUAAUUACUGCUACGGAGCAUCUUUCAGAGUUCAAGGUCUCACGCGCGAUACCCCCUGCAAUCAAGACACCCCUUGGUCACAGGUUUCUUGCACUCGGUACCAUGAACCGAAUGGAGACUCAACAGCUUGCGCUUGUACCCUUCAUGGCAUCCAUCGUGAACAUCCGCGCCGCAGACAUGGUCCCGGUUCCAGCUCAUUCCAAGGGCGAUAUAUCACUUCUUUCGGCUUUGGCUGCGUGGCUUGUUGCUUUAGAAGUUACCCGUCUGCUACUCCCAGGCCAAACCAUCUUAGUCCAUGAUGCUUUACCCAGAGUCAUCAAGGCCAUUCGCACCCAGGCGGCAAGAAAAGGGGUAAACGUGAUAUGUUCCGCGAACAUCCACUCGUCCCAAGGUACAGCGGCAGUACCCAAUGCGGUGGAUGUUACUCUUCGGCAAUUUCUAAGUCGAGACGAGCUUCGCCAAUCGCUGCCGUUCCGGAAGGGCAUCUCCUGUUUUGCUGGCUUCGCUACAGGCAUUGACCAAGUCAAAACCCAGGACAUGAUCAUCGAAAGCCUUCCAGAAUGGUGUCAAAUAAAGACAGCCGAAAGCCUCUAUGCGUGGACGGGCGAUGAUACUGCUCCAGUGGUAGAUGCCACCGCAAUGGACAUCCUGUUAGAGGCUGUUGACAACGCCGAAGACCUCGAAUGUACCGCUGACGAUGAGCUUGAGAUGAUUCAACUCGGACGUUUGGCUCCAGAGAUGACAGGAGCAUCAACUGGGAAUUAUGUCACUGGCAGCCAUAGCGAUGGCAAGCCUUUCAUCAUUGACUUCACAGCUUCACCUGAGGUCCCAGCUCAGGCCCAUGGUCGCAAUGGGGUUAGUGUCACGAUCAUGCCAUGCGAUGCUACCACUCACGCAGCUCUGGUGGCUGUGCAUGCCCAGAUUUGCGACAACCACCCCCCUAUUGCCGGCUUGUUCAACGGAGCAAUGAUAUUACGCGACACCAUGAUGGGUAACAUGUCUUACUCACAGUUUACGGAAGUGCUCGGGCCUAAAGUAACGGGCAGCUUGAACCUGGAUCGCAUCUUCUCUUCCCCCGAAACACCAUUGGAAUUUUUCAUAUUGCUUUCCUCCAUCAAUUGCACCAUAGGAAACCCCGGCCAGGCCAAUUACGCGGCAGCAAACGCCUUCCAAUGUGCCCUAGCUGCAAGCCGGAGGCAACGCAAUCUGCCCGGCGUGGCCCUGAAUGUCGGUGCUAUCAUCGUAGCGGGCUAUCUGCAUCGGACAGACAAGCGGAAACUAGACCUUACCGUCGCGAGAGGCGGCUUGAUGCACCUGUCCGAAGAGGAUUUCCACCAAAUUGUUGCUGAAGGUGUCUUCGCAAGCUACACCGGCAGCGAGACCGAGCUCACAACAGGACUCCUGAGCGUGGCGCACGACGCGGUCGACCGGCCAAUCUGGUUCACAGACCCAAAGUUUGCGCAUUUGAUCAAGUCGCAUGGCGAGGCCGUCGACGACUUUGGCUCUACACCAAAAGGCGGCGGUGACCGAGAUGGAAACAGGGGACGACCGCAGGUAUCGGCGCUGCAGACCCGUUUACGCUCGAGCAAAACCCGCGGAGAGCUCGAAGCCGUAGUCAAGGAGGCCUUGGCAGCCCAACUACGCUAUGAGCUGCAGAUGAAGUCGAUCAGCGAUGAUGAACUGAUGCAGAUGCACAAAGGCGAACUCGGGAUUGAUUCGCUCAUAUCAGUCGACAUACGGAACUGGUUCCUGAAGUCCAUGUCAAUAAGCAUACCUGUGCUCCGCAUCAUGAGCAAUGAGACUGUGAUGAGCCUCGUUCAUCAUGCCAUCGAGAGUAUGCCACCCAAGAUGGUACCCCAAAUGCCCCAAGAGCAUAUCAGUAGCCAAACGGACGAACAACCCUUCCAACCCCCUGCCGACGGUCGCACAGCUCUCAGCUACAACUCCGAUCAUCGAUCCAAUACGUCAAUGAAAGCUGCUGAGUUACAGGUCCUGGUCAACUGGGAUGCUGAGACACUCCCACCCACCGUUCCAGACCAUUUCUCGGCACUCCUGCGGUCUCAUCCCGCAUACACCGAGGCGGCAGGCUUUCCACCGAAACGGUUCAUCCUGAGCGGUGUAACAGGACUCUUAGGUCGCAACCUGCUCAGCUAUCUCCUACAGACGACCCCUCCGACCACGAGAAUAAUCAACAUCGCCGUACGCCAGCUACAGACCACAGACUUGGGCACCUUCCUUGCCGGGGUUCCGCCCGACAUCAGCGGCGCCGCGUCCACGGGGCGCACCACGUUCCUAGCUGGUGACCUCACACAACCGCGUCUGGGCCUCUCUACCGCAGACUGCGCGGCCGUCUUCGCGGACGCCGAUGUGGUCAUCCACGCGGGCGCGGACACCUCGCAUAUCAAGCCCUACGCAGCACUGCGCGCAGCCAACGUCGGGUCGACGACGGAGCUAGUACGCAUCUGCGCCGCCCGUCGCGGGGUCCCUCUGCACUUCGUGUCGUCCGUGGGCGUGGGCCUGUUCUCUGCCGCCGACGGCAGCGGCCCGGACAUGGAGGAGCUGCUCCCCGCGCGGGCGCCAGGGACGCCUCCCACGGCCCACGGCGAGGCCGUGCUGGCGCACAGCGGCUACACGGCGAGCAAAUGGGUGGCAGAGAGGCUGCUCGAGCGCGCGAGUGCGGCAGCAGGGCUGCGCGUGUACAUCCACCGGCCCAGCACAAUCAUGCGACAGGACGCAGACGCGCACGAGGAGCGCGCGCGCUUCGACUGGCUGAACCAGCUCGUGUCGUACGCAUGCACCAUGAGAGCCGUGCCUGAGGUCAGGCACGUGAGCGGCGCGCUCGAUCUCGUCUACGUGCGAAGCGUCUGCGAGCAGAUCUCGCAAUGCGUGUUGCGGCGUCCCGAGGUGGAAGACGAGUUGGUAUCCUACGUGCAUGAGGUGGGCGACGUUGUGGUACCGUUGGAGAAGAUGGAGAAGCUGUUGGAGCUGGGCUUGCCUAGGUCUUUUGCUGACGAACAGUCCGAAGGGAGACAAGAAAGCGGCGGAAAUGCUAGUAGCACUGGACGAGAUCGGCCUGCCACCUUCAGGAGGAUGCCUAUGGCCGAGUGGAUUGACAUGGCAGUGGCUCAAGGAAUGCAACCAGCUGUGGCAGCACUCAUAGAGGCCAUGGAUCAGCCCGAUACACCUGCGUUUUUAAAGCUCAGGAGGGGGGCUUCCUUCGACAAGGGUGGCCCAUCGUAG